AGACGUUUUGUAAAUGAAAUUCGGUCCUCAAGUUGUGUUCUGCGAAUAAUCUCAACAAAAUUAAUUUCUUUCUAUCGCAUCGAAAGCGUGAAAAACGUGUGAAAAAUCAUAUUUCUUUUUUUUUAUUUCUUUCGCCUCUUACAUAUAUACAUAUAAAAAUAUUUAUAUAUAUAAAAAAUGGAUAACGCAACGUUUAGAGAUUUCGGUAAAGCUGCCAUAGAUUUCGUAGCCGAUUAUAUGGAAAAUAUUCGAGAAUGUGAUGUAUUGCCGUCAGUGAAGCCAGGAUAUCUUUUCGAUUUGUUGCCGAAUGAAUUGCCCGAGAAACCUGAGAAUUGGCAAGACAUACUCAAAGAUAUCAAUCGAGUUAUUAAGCCAGGCAUUACGCAUUGGCAGUCGCCAAAUAUGCAUGCUUACUAUCCCACUGCAUGUUCAUUUCCUUCAAUUGUCGGCGACAUGAUAUCGAGCGGUUUUAGUGUUAUAGGUUUCAGUUGGAUAUGCAGUCCUGCUUGUACCGAAUUGGAAGUGAUCGUUAUGGAUUGGUUGGCUAAAUUUUUGAAAUUGCCUCAACAUUUCUUGCACUCUUCUGAGGGUCCCGGUGGGGGUAUCAUACAAGGUACCGCCUCUGAGGCUGUGUUGGUGGCGAUGUUAUCUGCAAGGGAACAAACUGUCCGUAGAAUGAAGCAAACGCAUCCGGAGCUAAGUGAAAGUGAUAUACGCGGCAAAUUGGUGGCUUAUUCAAGUGAUCAAAGCAAUAGUUGCAUUGAAAGAGACGCUUUAUUAGCGGCCGUACCCAUAAGAUUGCUAACCACCGAUGACGAUUUAGUUUUAACUGGCGAUAUACUAGAGCAGGCCAUUAACGAAGAUAUAGCUAAAGGCUUUAUUCCAAUUAUAUGCAUUGCAACAGUGGGCACGACCGGCACUUGUGCCUUUGAUGAUUUGCCAUCCUUAGGCAAAGUAUGUAAUGAGCGAGGCAUUUGGUUGCAUGUAGACGCAGCUUAUGCUGGGGCCGCUUUAGCCCUAGAGGAAUACAAAGAACUGAGAAAUGGUUUCGAAUUGGUUGAUUCACUCAAUUUUAAUUUACAUAAAUUCUUGCUGGUCCAUUUUGAUUGUUCCGCUAUGUGGCUUAAGGACGCUAACAAGGUCGUGGAUAGCUUUAAUGUUGAUCGCAUCUAUUUAAAACAUAAAUUUGAGGGUCAAACACAAAUACCGGAUUUCCGACAUUGGCAAAUACCCUUAGGUAGACGUUUUCGCGCUUUAAAGGUAUGGAUUACACUCCGAACUUAUGGAGCGGAAGGCUUAAAAGCACAUAUACGCAAACAUAUUACUUUAGCGGAAAGAUUUGAAAAAUAUGUUUUAGCUGAUCCACGUUUUGAGUUGAUUACCGAAAGAACAUUAGGCUUGGUGUGCUUCCGUCCCAAAGGUGGUAAUAAAUAUACAACGGAUUUAUUAAACUCUUUGGUAGAACGCAAGAAAAUCUAUUUGAUACAAGCUACAUAUCGAGACAAGAAUUUCUUACGUUUCGUUGUGUGUGGCAUGGAUCCCAAGCCGGAAGACAUAGAUUUUGCCUGGAGAGAAAUCAGAGAUCAAUACAGCAUGUUAAUUAAUGAGGAGAAAUUAUUAACUUUAGGAAAAACUGAUAUGGGCGCUAUUGUAAAACAAUUAUCAACGGAUAUUAAAAUAUCUGCAAAUAAAGAUAAGGAGAAAGUCAAAUAAAGAAAGACCAUAAAUUGAAAAUGUUAUGUAAUUUCUUUUUUUUUAAUCUAUAGAUUCUCUUUAU